AUGGCGGCGCUUGGCGUCGUCUGCCUGCUGCUGGCGGCGGCGUGCUGGCCGCCGGCCUCCGCCUCGGGCGAGGAGUUUUGGCCCGGCCAGUCGGCGGCCGACAUCCUGUCCGGGGCGGCGUCCCGCAGACGGUACCUUCUCUACGACGUCAACCCCCCCGAGGGCUUCAACCUCCGCAGGGACGUCUACAUCCGGGUCGCCUCCCUCCUCAAGACUCUGCUGAAGACCGAGGAGUGGGUGCUGGUGCUGCCCCCCUGGGGCCGCCUCUAUCACUGGCAGAGCCCCGACAUCCACCAGGUCCGGAUUCCCUGGUCCGACUUUUUUGAUCUUCCAAGUCUCAACAGAAACAUCCCCGUCAUUGAGUACGAGCAGUUCAUUGCAGAGUCCGGCGGGCCCUUUAUUGACCAGGUCUAUGUCCUGCAAAGUUACGCGGAAGGGUGGAAAGAGGGGAGCUGGGAGGAGAAGGUGGAUGACCGGCCGUGCAUCGACCCGCCGCUGUACUCGCAGGACAAGCACGAGUACUACAGAGGAUGGUUUUGGGGUUAUGAAGAAACGAGGGGUUUAAACGUGUCCUGUCUGUCCGUUCAAGGAUCGGCUUCUAUCAUCGCGCCUGUGCUUCUGAGAAACACAUCAGCACGGUCCGUGAUGUUAGACAGAGCCGAAAACCUGCUUCACGACCACUACGGAGGAAAGGAGUACUGGGAUACCCGGCGGAGCAUGGUGUUUGCCAGGCACCUGCGGGCCGUGGGGGACGAGUUCAGAAGCAGGUACCUGAACUCCACGGACGAGGCAGACAGGAUCCCCUUCGAGGAGGACUGGACCCGGAUGAAGGUCAAGCUGGGCUCCUCACUGGGGGGCCCAUACCUCGGAGUUCACCUGAGGAGAAAAGAUUUCAUCUGGGGCCACAGAGAGGAUGUGCCCAGUCUGGACGGCGCCGUGAAGCAGAUCCGCAGCCUCAUGAAGACUCACCAGCUGGACAGGGUGUUCGUGGCCACAGACGCCAUCAGAAAGGAGCACGAAGAGCUGAAAAAGCUGUUGCCUGAGAUGGUGCGCUUCGAGCCCACGUGGGAGGAGCUGGAGCUGUACAAGGACGGCGGCGUGGCCAUCAUCGACCAGUGGAUCUGCUCACACGCCAGGGUUUUCAUUGGCACCUCAGUCUCGACGUUUUCUUUUCGGAUUCAUGAGGAAAGGGAAAUUCUGGGGUUGGACCCCAAGACGACAUACAACCGAUUCUGCGGAGACCAGGAGAAAGUGUGCGAGCAGCCCACGCACUGGAGGAUCGCGUACUGAGCCCGCGCCCCCUGGGCCCCUCUGCCCUGGACCUCUCGUGCCCGCUGUGCACUCAGGGCUUCCCUCUGACGACACGUGUCACCGGGGGCUCGCUCCCACCCCGGCCGGUGGGCUGGGCAGGCAGACCGUCACUUCUCUGGGUCUUGGGCCCAUAGGAGGACACAUGCAGGCACAGCCCACGGCCACGUGAGCCACGGCGUGGAGCCGCGCUGGGUCUGGAGCUGCGCCUGUUCUGGUGUUUCCUCCGGCCGUGGUCUGCCUGUGGAGAGGCUGCCGCUCUCCGGGACUUGGGUUGUCUUUCGUAAGGUCUGAACUGUCUGCUGCUGGCAGGGCCCGAGUGACGCUGGUCUCGGCCUCCGUCUGGGGCUUUCCAGCAGUGAGUCGGGCAGAUGUGGGACAGAGCAGCUCCCGCCCCAGAGGGCCGCGGGGCUGGCGCUGCCUGGGACUCGGUGCGGUUUUCGUCUCUUGUUAGUCGUAGUAGCUUCUGCAGUGGCGCCAGAGCAGAGUCCUUAGUUCUGCCCUUUCCACCGCGGGACCUCAUGUGACGGGGGAGAGGUGAAUGGCUGCCUCGAAGAGCCGGGUCCGAGACCCAUGAAGUCGUCUCUCUCCCCUGCGAGUCAGAGUGCCAGAAAGUUCCUCAGUGGGAGUUCAGUGAUGUGUCCUGUGCACGUGGAGAGAAGCCCUCUGUGGUGGUAGGAAGCCAGCAGUGGGUCCUCACAUCUGUGUCUGGGCCGGCUGCCCCUGCAACCGUGACUCCCAGC